UAGGCUACACACAAGCAGCGGCCACAUCCACUGUAGACAAAUCCGUGUUCAGUGACGUGUUUUGUAUCAGCCUUUUUUUUUUAAAUGCACGUUCAACCCUUUUCCAACACUGGCUGAUUUAAAUUUUAUCAGGAAUUGAACCUUCAGUCCCUUGCGAGCUUCUUGUUUUUCAUCAAUCCCACUCACCCCCUUCUAUUUAUUUAUUUUUUGCCUCGAUAGACCCGUUAUUCAGCCCAUCCACCGUCCACCCCCUCUCUUCUUUUUCCCUCCAUCUCCUUCUCUUUGGGAGUGCGACGCGCUGCGAAUCUCAGAAAUAAAAAGCCUGCAGGAUGGUUCAAUGAGAGGAGGUCACUCUCUCUUCUGUGUGCGAACAGAGUGCAGUAAAAGAAAAGGCAAAAAGCCAGAGUUUAGACAAGCAUGAAAAUUUACAAAACUGCAAAUAAAGGCAGCAGAGCAGUGACCAUGGGUUCUCUGGUUCAAGCUUCCUGCUAACAGCAGACGGACGGAGAGCGGGACAACCGUUCAAGCCACAACCUCCACUGACACCACCUUUCCAGUGAGGAAGAAAAAGAGAGGGAGAGAGAAAAAGAGAAAGAGGCAAGAGAGAGAUAACAAGUGCAAGAAGGAGAGAGGGGAGCGGGUGAGAACAGUCGAUGGAUGCUGUCCGGAUUGAGGGGACAGCACGUUCUUCACUGACGAGGAAAAGAAAGAUUUCAAAAUUGAGUCGAAGGAUAGAAACUCGCCGUCAGGCAUGGUGUGUGAGAAGGGGAUCCAGAUCCUUCUCACCACCGUGGGGGCAUUCGCUGCCUUCGGCCUGAUGACGGUGGCAAUAGGGACGGACUACUGGCUGUACUCCCGCGCCCUCAUCUGCAACAGCACAGCCAACAUCACCCAGGAUGAUCCCCACAACAAGGACAAGAAGGACCCUGGGGCGCUCACCCACUCUGGACUGUGGAGGAUAUGCUGCCUGGAAGGAGUGAAGAGAGGAGUGUGUUCUCAGAUCAACCACUUCCCAGAGGAUGCAGACUUUGACCAUGAUGGGGCAGAGUACGUCCUACGGGUAGUCAGGGCUUCCAACAUCUUCCCGAUCCUCAGUGCCAUCCUGCUGCUGAUGGGAGGGGUGUGCAUUGCUGCUAGUCGUUUCUAUAAGAGCAAAAGGAACAUCAUCCUUGGGGCAGGAAUCCUCUUUGUGGCUGCAGGUCUGAGUAACAUAAUUGGUGUGAUCGUGUACAUCUCGGCUGCACUGGGGGACAUCUCUCCUAAGAAGGACGAGGAUAAGAAGUGGCAGUACUCCUACGGUUGGUCCUUUUACUUUGGAGGCCUGUCGUUCAUCAUGGCCGAGAUGGUUGGGGUGCUGGCCGUCAACAUCUACAUCGAGAAGAACAAGGAGCUGCGCUGUCGCUCGCGCACCGACAUUUUCAAGAGCACCACACACGCCAUGCUCCGCCUGCCCAGCUACCGUUUCCGCCGCAGAUCCCGCUCCUCAUCCCGUUCCACUGACCCCUCCCGCUCCCGAGACCCCUCACCUGUAGGGGGAGGUGGGGGCAAGAACUUUGGCCUGCCCCCUUCUGCGCUGCUUUCCCAGGGCCCCAUCUCAGUGUCCACUUUACCUAACCCCCACUCUCGCUCCCACACGGCCCUGGCUGGAGGCGACAUCUCCCUCUACACUUUGUCCCGUGACCCCAAACUGGGGGGUUUGCCGCCCAUGUAUGGAACGGUGGACAGGGCCACGCUCUACCAGCUCCACAACUGCUUCCCAAAGGAUGGCGGUGGAGGGGGAGUGAUGAUGAGCGGUACACUUCCGUCGCUUAAGUCCCACAAUCCUUCAAAUUCUUCCAACUCAAAUGCGCCGAUGCCCAACUCUGUGGGCUCCGGUCCUCCACCCUUCACCUCAUCCACAGUAGACAGGGAGCGAGGGAUGGGGACUCUGGACAGGCUGAAAGGAGACAGGGAGAGCAACUCUAACACCCUCAAUAGGAAGACAACACCUGUGUAGAAAGAGGGUAUGAUAGGGGGAGGCGAGGAGUAAGGGAGAGAAGAGAGAGGAUGGGUAGUGGUGAAAGAGGACAGAUAGAGAGGAGCACUGUGUUUGUGUGGCUCAACAGGAAAUAGACAGACAGACAAACGAAACGGUAUAUCUCUCCCUCCAUGUUCACUGUUAUUUAGUCUACUCAAUCUCACUGAGAACAAAAAGAAGAAGAGUAAUAACAGAGUGAUAAUAACAACAACAAUGAACUUUCACAAUAAAACUAUUUUGAUAUUUUAAUGUGCUAGAAAUGAUUUAUUUUGUUAAUGAUCAAACGCAAUUAACCUUGGGCUAUUAUGAAAAUGUUUCACAUAUUUUUUUGUGCAAUAUUACUGCUAAUUUAACCAGAUCAUUAUUAAUGUAAAAUUGUUGUUGUGAUUAUUCUUAGCGUUAUUACAGGCUAGCUAUAUUUGCAAACACUAUAGUUUGGAAUGAAAUCUUAAUUUUCGUGUUUUGUUUUUUGUUUUUUUCACUUUAAUUUCAGAUCUUGACAACUUUUACUGUGAAUUUCUUCCAUGCACAGCCACUGUGACUGUCAGUGAGCUGUGUGUAACUGUGUCAAGCAUGAGUGUGCACAAUAUGUGGGAGAAUGAGAGCCUGUAUUAUUUUUUUUAACCCUCAUAUUAUAUAAUUUUCAUUUAUAACAUGAAGUCAGAUGUGAAUACUGUAAAUUGUCUUCCAAUAUUGAUACAGAAAGAAAUGCAACAAUAAUGUGAGUGACUGAGAUGACUGACCAACUUCAUUGUUAUUAUGAGUCUGAGUUUUCUAUGGGCCUCUGUUAGUCUUAUUUCCAUUCUAAUCAGUGUUAACAGUAGUACUUGUAGCUAUAGUCGUGUUGAAGAUGUUUGUUCUUGGGCAUUAACAGAAACCUCUGGCUGGAGGAAGCAGAAAAAAGAGACAUAGAAUAAUACAUUUGUACAGAAUCAGGUAAAGAUUGCUGCCUGAGCAGAAAAACAAAAAACCUAAUCAUUUUUUUCUAUGAAGAGUCCCAAAGUGACACAUGCAACUCAUCAUUUUCAGUGGCAAAAAAUACAAUAUGUAUAUGUGGGUUGAGAGGGUUAAAAAAAAAAAAAAAAAAACACUAUAGAGAAAACCUUUUGAAAAGAUACCUGUAUAUUGUAAUUUACGCAUACAUAUAUUUGUAAAGUCUAUAGAUACGUUUUUCGGGACCACUGUUCAGACUGGGUAUGCAUUCUGGGCAGGGUUGGCUCAAGUGUUUCGUUCCUGGUGCCCUCCCUGGACUCUUGCUGGGUGGUUUCAUCCGCCCAUCUUACGGCACCCCUCUUGGCCGCUCCCUUGCCCUUAUUUGGUCACAUGAGCAGUGUUUCCCCAUACUUUGUCACAUGACCAAUAACAGAUUCACCGCACAGACGAUCCCUUAACCUCCCCAAAGAUUCUUUUCACUGUGCUUCCCCUGUGACUGCUGACUGCUGAGUCUGAACUCUGACCUGUUCUGUUUAUAUUGAUGAGAAUGUAAAGACAUGUAAUCCCACUACCCACCCCACCCACCACCCACCACCCCCUUUCCCAACUCUCACUUCUAAACUGUCCCGGGUGACUGCAGAUCUGGGUUGAAACCAUGAACACACCUGCUACAUGACAUAAUGAAGAAACAAAAACAACAACCAGACGCUUCCAGAUUCUAUACGUUUUCAUUUCUUUGAUUUCAUUUCAGAAAAAGAAAAAUGUGAUAAAACUGCACACAGAUAGCAUUUAUGUGGGCAAUAUGAAUAGUAUGUAGUUGAGAAUAGAUAUAUCUAGACAAAUGAUUAUGGUUUAUCUAAAUGUGUGAUAAACUUAAACACUGUACUGCACGAAGUUUAUAAAAAAAAAAACAAUAACAGACAUAUUCACAGA